GAGCCGGGACCGGGAGCCGAGAGGGAGCCCCCGGCGGGGCGGGAGUCGGGGCUAAGCAUCCGCCGCAGCGGGCUGGGCUGGGCUGGGGAGCGGAGCUGAGCCCGCACCCCCGGGCGGGAGGUCCCGGUGGGGGUGAGCCGAGCCGGGACUGAGCACGUGCCGGUCCCCGGUGCCGAGCCCCGCGGUGCCCGGAGCGGCGCUGCCGGCGGGGCCGGGGCCGCCGUGCCCGUGCCCGUGCCGUGCCCGCCCCCGGGCGCGCCCGCCUCGGCGGCGCGGGAGGAGGCGGCGCGGAGCAGCGGCGGCGCCCGGGCGGGGAUGGCGUCUCCGGGAGCGCUGGAGCCGGCGGCCGGCAGCGUGCCGGGAACCAAGGUGGAGCUCACCGUGUCCUGCCGGAACCUGCUGGACAUGGACACCUUCUCCAAGUCUGACCCAGUGGUGGUCCUCUUUGUGCAGGGCUCGGGGAGCAGCGAGUGGAAGGAGUUUGGGCGCACGGAGGUGAUUGACAACACCCUGAACCCUGACUUCGUCCGCAAGUUCGUCCUCGACUACUACUUUGAAGAGAAGCAAAACCUCCGCUUCGACGUCUACAACGUGGACUCCAAGAGCUGCUCCAUUUUAAAGCAGGACUUCCUGGGGCAGGCGUUUGUGGCACUGGGGGAGGUGAUCGGGUCCCAGCGGGGACGCCUGGAGAGACCCCUCACGGGGGUUCCAGGGAAGCGGUGCGGGACCAUCCUGCUGCUGGCCGAGGAGCUCAGCAACUGCCGGGACAUCGUCACCAUGCAGCUGUGUGCCAACAAGCUGGACAAGAAGGACUUCUUUGGAAAAUCCGACCCCUUCCUUGUCUUCUACCGCAGCAACGAGGACGGCACCUUCACCAUCUGCCAUAAGACGGAGGUGGUGAAGAACACGCUCAACCCGGUGUGGCAGCCCUUCACCAUCCCCGUGCGCGCCCUCUGCAACGGCGACUAUGACCGGACAGUGAAGAUAGACGUGUACGACUGGGACCGGGACGGGAGCCAUGACUUCAUCGGGGAGUUUGCCACCAGCUACCGGGAGCUCUCCCGAGCACAGAGCCAGUUCACAGUGUACGAGGUGCUGAACCCCAGGAAGAAAUGCAAGAAGAAGAAAUACGUGAACUCCGGCACCGUGACACUGCUCUCCUUCUCCGUCGAGUCUGAGUUCACUUUCGUUGACUACAUUCGGGGCGGGACGCAGCUGAAUUUCACCGUGGCCAUCGACUUCACGGCCUCCAACGGGAUGCCGUCGCAGCCCACCUCGCUGCACUACGCGAGCCCCUACCAGCUGAGCGCCUACGCCCUGGCGCUGAAGGCGGUGGGGGAGAUCAUCCAGGACUACGACAGCGACAAGCUCUUCCCUGCCUACGGCUUCGGCGCCAAACUCCCGCCCGACGGCAAGAUCUCCCACCAGUUCCCCCUGAACAACAAUGUGGACAACCCCAGCUGUGCCGGCAUUGAGGGUGUGCUCGAGUCCUACCUCCAGAGCCUGCGCACCGUCCAGCUCUACGGUCCCACCAACUUCGCCCCCGUCAUCAACCAGGUGGCCGGGACGGCCGCACAGGUGACCGACGGCUCACAGUACCACGUCCUCCUCAUCAUCACCGACGGCGUCAUCUCCGACAUGCUGCAGACCAAGGAGGCCAUCGUCACCGCUUCCGCCUUGCCCAUGUCCAUCAUCAUCGUGGGAGUGGGUCCAGCUGAGUUUGAGGCCAUGGAGGAGCUGGAUGGUGAUGAGGUGCGGUUGUCCUCCCGGGGACGCUACGCCGAGAGGGACAUCGUGCAGUUUGUGCCGUUUCGGGAUUACGUGGAUGACUCGGGAAACCAGGUGCUGAGCAUGGCCCGCCUGGCCAAGGACGUGCUGGCCGAGAUCCCCGAGCAGCUGCUCUCCUACAUGAAGACCCGUGACAUCAAGCCUCGCCAAGCAGACCCCCAGUAGCUCCUCCAGGGGUCCUGGGGACGGCCAGUGGGGCGAGGACACACGUUACUCUCUGUCAGCGGGGCUGGGCUGUGGAGAUGUGGCCCCACCAAGGGUGGGCAUCACCUGCCACAGCCGGUGGCUGUGGCUGGGACCCUCCUGGCAGCGAGACCUUGGGGCUGGACGUCCCCAGCUGCCAUGUCCUCCUGCGUGGCACAGCGGGGCUGGCUCGGACCGUACCGUCCUGCGGCAGCACGGGCAGGGACGGUGCCGGCGCACGGGCUGUGGGGCGGCCAUGGUGCGUCCCCCCACCCCCGCCAGCCUGGAGGGGGCUGCCCCCCGGGGCUGGGUGCAUGCCGGGGGUCCCAGCCCCGCCAUCGCCUUGGGGCAGGGGCCUUCACCCCCGCUCCUCCCUGUGCCCCGCUCUGCUGCCCCACAGCCUGCCCCACGCAGCCGGGGGGUGCCGGGGAGGGAGGGCAGGCGGGCUCUGUACCGCGUUACCGACUGUAAA